GGCUUUUGCUGGCGUCUGCGCCCCAGCCCUGCAGAACAGCCCGAAUCCCCUGCCCCGAUGUCACAGAGAGAAGGGAAGGACUUAGACUCAAAUUCGGACUCAACACCACGCGCCACUAGUUGUAUAUAAGCACGACGUCCCCAUCUCCCCACGUCAAACGAUGCCUGAUGGGAUUCAUUACAUCGCCAUAGUCUCUUUUCAAUUCACUCAUUUCCCUUCUUAUUUCUCGUUCAUUUGCCGUACUCUUUCUCCUCGCUUUUAGUCUCUAAAACUAGCAGGUAAUCAAUCGCACGAACCGCAACGGACAACGAGCAGCGAUGCGUCUUCUAAACUGCGGGUUGGCCGCCCUGUUACUGGCCAGGUCCGCAAUAGCCAGAGUGCUGCCGAGGCAGGGAGAUGGGAAACAUCAGGUUUUUGCCCACUACAUGGUCGGCUUGACCAACGGCCAAACCAGAGACCAGUGGGAGAAAGACAUCACCGAAGCCCAGUCGGCCGGCAUCGACGGCUUUGCUCUCAAUAUCGGAUCGGCCGAUUUCUGGAACGCCGAUCAGCUGCAGUUGGCAUACGACACUGCCGCAUCCCACGGGUUUUCCCUGUUUCUCUCCUUCGACAUGCUUGCCAGCUCUUGGUCCAUCGACCAGGUCGUUUCGCUAGUCAACCAGUACAAGGAGGUGGGAAGCCAGCUCAAGGUCGACGGCAAGCCCCUGGUCUCCACUUUCGAAGGCACUGAUUGGGUCGACAACUGGGCCUCUGUGCGUUCGGCUACUGGUGACAUCUUCUUGGUUCCGGACUGGUCUUCGCUAGGAGCUCCCGGCGUUGGCGAGAGGCUUCCUCUAAUCGACGGCGCUUUCAACUGGGGCGCCUGGCCGAACGCAAACGAGCUCACCAUAUCGACCGGGAACGACAUAGCCUACCAGUCCGCCCUCCAGGGCAAGGCCUACAUGAUGGGUGUUAGCCCUUACUUCUACACGAACCUUCCUCAGUACAACAAGAACUGGUACUCGUCGAGCGAUUCUCUGUGGUACGACCGCUGGAAGCAGGUUUUGGAAAUUGAUCCAGAGUACAUCGAAAUCAUCACUUGUAAGCGCGUCGUGUAUGCUGGUGGGCGGACGAUACCACGUCAACCGGGACUGACCAGCAUAGGGAAUGACUAUGGAGAGUCUAGCUACAUCAACGACCCCAUUCCAGCUCAGAUAGUAAGCGGCGCGGAGACGUAUGUCGACGGGUUCGCGCACUCGGCAUUCCGCUUUAUCCUGCCUUACUUUAUCAGCGCCUACAAGACCGGAAAUAGAGACGUGGAGCUCCAGGCCGAAGGGGCCGUGGCUUGGUACAGGACGACGCCCAUCUCCGUGUGCUCCGAUGGCGGUACCGUUUGGGGACAGGGAGGAGACGCGUCGGCGGCGGGCGGGACGAGGGACGUCAUCUCCGUCAUCGCGCUUUCGAAUUCCCCCCAGAACAUCACCGUCACAAUCGGGGGCUCGACCCAGACCGUCAGCCCGUCGGAUACCGUAGGCAAAGCCUCGUUCUACCAGGUCCCGUUCGACGGGCAAUCCGGCGCCGUUACCGUGACGAUAGGCUGCAAGACCACAACCGGCCCCGAAAUUACCAACGCCUGCCCCGCUUCCGGUCAUGUCAAUUUCAACUCGGUCGCUAUCCAGCUGUGAGUCUGCGUAGCCGGGUGGGGAGAUCUCCGUCCAUAGUUGUGCUUCUCACGUGUGAUAAUUACCGUCGCAGAGGUAGAUCCCUGUAUGCUUUUCUUGUGCGAAA